GGACGCACAAAACACACAAAACACAACAAAAAUCUAAUACUGCUCCCCCUUUUCAACCACCCCAUCCCGAUGGGUGUGAUAAGCAGCAACACACCUGAGGUGGAUGGAUGCGGAUUUUGUUUGGUACGACGCAAGGUUAUGGAACGGUUUGUUGUAGUGCGAUUAAAAAUACAUCACCGAUCGCCCGCCGAUGAAGACAUUUUAGUAGUUGGUUGCAAGUGUCGUUUCGAUCUGCCCUCCUUCUUGUCGCAUCAACCAACAACCAAGGGGAUCUUAUAUCAUUACGCGUUGGGUCGCGCUUUUGGGGGAUUUAUUUUGCGAUAAUCAUUGCGCGCGGCUCUUUCGAUUCCGCUAUCUUGUUGGACGAUGAAAAUAAAGCGAUGAGUGUGGCCACUUUCGAUUGCAAACAGCAGUGGAAUGAUUUAACAUCGGAUGGUGUCUCGCGUCGGAAGCGUUUGUGAUAACGUGCAAAAGUAAAGGAAAAGGGCUUUGAGGAAAGUGAGUGUACGUGUUUUGAAUUUAAGAAAAAGUGCCUAAAGUGUGGAGCACACAGGUGGAUUGUUGUGUUUGUUGCCGGUUGUGUGUUUUUUUUUACAAGUAGGCCAGUGUGUACGUGCGUGCGUGUGUGCGCGGUGUAAAGAAAGAUGUCAUUUCGUGUGGUGAGAAGCUCCAAGUUCCGGCACGUGUUCGGCCAGGCGCUGAAGCGCGAACAGUGCUACGACAAUAUACGCGUGUCGAAGAGCAGCUGGGACUCGACGUUCUGCGCGGUCAACCCGAAGUUUCUGGCCAUCAUCGUCGAGUCGGCGGGCGGCGGUGCCUUCAUCGUACUUCCACACAAUAAGGUCGGACGAAUCGCGGCGGACCAUGCACUGGUCGGUGGACACAAGGGCCCCGUGCUGGAUAUUGCCUGGUGCCCGCACAACGACAAUGUCAUCGCAUCUGGGUCGGAAGAUUGCGUCGUGAAGGUAUGGCAAAUUCCAGACGGUGGACUGUCCCGAACGCUCACCGAGCCGGUGGUCGAUCUGGUGUACCAUCAGCGCCGCGUCGGCCUGGUACUGUGGCACCCGUCCGCCCUGAACGUGCUGCUGACCGCCGGCUCGGACAAUCUGAUCGUGGUGUGGAACGUCGGUACGGGCGAGGUGCUGGUGCGGAUCGACUGCCAUCCGGACACGAUCUACAGCGCCUGCUGGAACUGGGACGGUUCGCAGCUGGUGACGACGUGCAAGGACAAGAAGAUCCGCAUCCUGAACCCGCGCAACGGCGAGGUGCUGAACGAGGCGCUGGCCCACGAAGGCUCUAAAGCGACCCGGGCCAUCUUCCUGCGGCACGGGCUCAUCUUUACCACCGGCUUUAACCGGUCGUCCGAGCGGCAGUACUCGCUGCGCGCCCCGGACGCACUGGGCGACCCGAUCGUGAUGGUCGACCUCGACACGUCCAACGGCGUGAUGUUUCCGCUGUACGAUCCGGACACGAACCUGAUCUACCUGUGCGGCAAGGGCGACUCGGUCAUCCGGUACUUCGAGGUGACGCCCGAGCACCCGUACGUCCACUACAUCAGCCAGUUCCAGACGCCGGACUCGCAGCGCGCCAUCGGCAUGAUGCCGAAGCGGGGCUGCGACGUGAGCACGUGCGAGGUCGCCCGCUUCUACCGGCUGAACAACGGGGGGCUGUGCCAGGUGAUCUCGAUGACGGUGCCGCGCAAGAGCGAGCUGUUCCAGGAGGAUCUCUACCCGGACACGCUCGCCGACGAGGCGUCCAUCUCCGCCGAGGACUGGAUCAGUGGGGCCGAUGCCGAUCCGCAGCUUAUCUCGCUGAAGGAUCGCGUCUUUCUCGUGCAGGGUGGCUACGUGUCCCAGGCCCAGAGCACCACGCUCACCGUCACGAAGAAGUCGAACGUGCUGGACAAGAUGGCACCGAAGAGCGGUGGCCCGAAGACGCUGUCCGCAUCGACCGGCGGUUCGGCCGGUGCGUCCGCCAACGGCUCGCCGGUGACGGUCAACAAUGGAACGUCCGGUGGCGGCGGUGGUGGAAGCACAUCGCCCGCCAACGGCACACAGCAGAUCACAAUCGGUGGCGUUUCGGAGCAACAGUUCGGCGAGCUGAGGACAAAGUUCGAGGAAGAGUUCCGCAAGCUGAAGGCAAUCAUCGUGAAGCACGAGAACCGGAUCCGCUCGCUGGAGGCAACGGUCAAAGCGAUGACCGACCGGGGGCUGACCGAGGUGGACGGUGCCGGGCUCGCCGCACCUGCCGCCACGACGGGCACCUCGUCCUCCCCAGCACCCGCCUCGUUGCCACCCACGUCGGACGAGACUGCUGCGCAGCAGCAGCAGGUCGCGGCAGCAGGUGACGGGGGCGGCAACUACCGCAACUCUACCCUCGAGCCGGACGAAGUCUAAGAAGGCAGUUGAGUAGAAGGGGAGAAGAAGAAGGAUGGACGGACGGACGGACGGACAUGGUCAUCAGCGCAAAGUUGACGCAUUAGUGACGGCACUGAGCUUCCGUACUUUUUGUUUGUUUUUGUACUAGAAUGGGUACUCACCCACCCAUAUCAGCCUUUCAAUGCUGCGGCCACGGGCAGGGAAUGUGGUGUACGUGGAAAUUGUAAGAGAGAGGGAGAGAGAAAAAAAAAGCGCAACAAAUCGCCAAUAUUGCAUCGUGUGUGUGUCCUAUUGCUGUUGUGGGGUGCAGCACAACGAGGAGAAGGAGGAUGCAGAAGAAAGAGAAGAAAGAAGAAAACAAAACACAAAUGCCUUGAAUAUGGAUUUAACAUACAAAAAAAACUAUAUAGCAACCAUGCUUAAAGCAGCUGCGAUAAGGAAAAGGGAAGAGAUUUUGUAUUUGUAAACGUAUGUUUUUUAUACAUAUACACAGCUCCAUACUACGAUUACUAACCGAUUUUGCCUAUCGCCACAGAGCGUUUCCCUUAUCCUUCCCAUUUUUGCAAAACCCUCUCGUCGAUAUCACUCUCGCUCUCUCUCUCUCUCUCUCUUUAUCUCUCCCUCUCUGUACGCGUAGUAGUUAAGGGCGAAAAAAAAAACGAAAACAAAAAUCAGCUCCCUCUCGCCCACACUCUCGUCGGCAUUGGGAGAUAGUGGAGGGAAAUGGAAGGUUUAUAGCAAUACACAUAUUGUGCGUAUAUAUUAUUGCCGACAUAAGCCGAAAUGGAAUGGAACACACGCAACAAAGCAUAAAAAAGGCGCACACAGGUCGGUGGUUUGUGGCUAUCUGCAAAGGAACCGAGCCAAACACCAAACACGAACGGGAAAGCCUUCCCAGAGAGAGAGAGAGAGAGAGAGAGAGAAGAGAGAGAGAGAGAGAGAGAGAGA